AUCAUGGCAGUUCUACUUGCUGAUUGCAUUAGACUUGUAGACUCGUGCCAAAUGGUUACUGAUAUUAUGAAAACUUAUGUAUUUACAUAUGAAUGGACAAUUCAAAACUUCAAGCGAUUGUGGAAUAAAACAAUUGAAUCACCAAGUUUUUCGUCUCAUAAUGCUGAUUUUGCUGAUGAAUGGAUUUUAAAAUAUUAUCCAAGUGGAGAUGUUCAAUUUGAUAAUCGCACUUAUAUGUCGGUAGAUCUACAACUCAAAUCGUUCAACAAUACUUCACAAUUACAAACAAAAUGUACAAUAUCAAUUGGUCGUGAAAAUAAAAUAACUAUGAAAUAUAAUUUCCGUACAUUAUCAGAAAAAAUUACAUGGGAUAAAUAUAUUUCAAGUUCAGACAUAUUCGAUUCAAGAAAUGGAUAUGUACAAAAUAAUGAACUUAAAAUUCGUUGUACAAUAACGAUGUCUAAAAAACGAACAAAUAAUUCUAAUGUAAUUCCAUCAUUUGAUGCAAAACAACAACUGUGUGUCGACUUGGAAAAACUUUUGUUAAGUGAAAAAUCAGCUGAUGUUACAAUUCAAGUGGGUCAAAAAUCAUUUCGUGCAAUUAAAGGAAUUCUUGCAGUACGUAGUCCAGUUUUUGCUGCAAUGUUUGAUCAUGAACAAUUCAAAGAAAAUGAAAAAAAUGAAGUUGUCAUUGAAGAUAUUGAUGAAGAUGUUUUUGAAGAAUUUUUACAUUGCAUUUAUACUGGUGAAUCACCAAAUGUUGACAAAAUGCCAAUGGAACUACUUGCUGUUGCUGACAGAUAUCAGGUGGAUUGUCUUAAAAAUAUUUGUGAAGAAAUAAUAUGUGGAACGAUAGAUUUUGAUAAUAUUUCAAGUAUACUUGUUUGUUCUGAUAGAUAUAAUCUCAAAAAACUGAAUCAAAAAUGUUCAGAAUUUAUGAAAAAAAAUUUACAAGCUGUUUUGUCAAAUGAAACAUUUCAAGUUUACAAAAAAAAAUAUCCUGAAGUUUUUGUAGGUGUUCUUGAGCAGUUGCUUAAAUCAUAA